AUGGCACAGCGACUUUUCAUUUCUCAGAACCCUUUCACCCAGGCUUAUAUUCGUAGUUUCGAUUUCAUAUCUGCAGCACAGCUUGAUUAUACAAUUGACGCUUCCUAUCAGGCUUUUCUGCGACAUUCCAAAACUUCUUUUAAAGAAAGAGGUGAGAAAAUGAAAAGGCUUGGUGACCUUCUCAGAAAAGACCAUGAAAACCUAGCUAGAUUGAUGACGCAAGAAAUGGGUAAGCCUAUUGGUCAAUCAAAAGGAGAAGUCUUAAAAUGUGCAGAUUGCUGUGAUUAUUAUGCCGACAACGCUGAAAAGCUUUUGGCUCCAACUCACUAUGAUAUUCCAGGCAGCAAAGUCUAUGUUAAUUAUGAGCCUCUUGGGCCUUUGUUUAUUAUCAUGCCUUUUAACUUCCCACUCUGGAUGCCAUUAAAGUGCGGGAUACCACAUCUGAUGGCAGGAAAUACAAUAAUUCUUAAGCAUGCAGAAAAUGUUCCUCAGGUUGCACAGGCCCUUGACAAUAUCACUUCAGAUGCAGGAUUUGUGCAUGAGUUCAAAAACGUGUUUAUUAAUAUGGAUCAAGUUCAAAGAACAAUAGCUGAUAAUAGAAUAAGAGGAGUCAGCUUGACUGGGUCUAUAGGAGCUGGACGUAAUGUUGCUGCUAUGGCUGGAAUGGGACUAAAAAAAUGUGUCUUAGAGCUUGGCGGGUCUGAUCCUUUUAUUGUCUUAGGAGAUGCCGAUGUCAAGGCUGCUGCAAAAACAGCUGUGAUGGCCAGACUACAAGGCUGCGGACAAGUUUGCAUUUCAGCAAAACGAUUUAUUGUUGACGCAUCAGUGCACUCUGCUUUUGUAAAACAUCUAAUUGCCGAACUAAAAACGUGGCAAUAUGGAGAUCCCUUAAAUCCAGAAACUAAACUAGGUCCUUUAGCCAGGCCUGAUCUUCUCAAUAACGUUGUCACCCAAGUCGAAAGGUCCAUUAAAAUGGGAGCAAAGUUAGAGCAUGGAGGGAAAAUUUUAAACCCUACACAAUACGAGCCUGCUGUAUUAACUCAUGUUACCCCAAAUAUGCCUGUUAUGCGUGAAGAAACCUUUGGCCCUGUUUUUGCUAUAUCAAAAGUAAAAGAUACAGAAGAAGCAAUAAGGUUGGCGAAUAAUACAGAAUUUGGCCUAGGCGGAAUGAUUUUUACAGCAGAUGCACAAAAGGCUGAAAAUGAGAUCGUCCCAAGAAUUGAUGCAGGAAUGGUGUUUGUAAACGAUGUCUCAAAAAGCAUUAUACAAGUCCCGUUCGGAGGAAUGAAAAAUAGUGGGCUGGGACGUGAGCUAGGGGAAGGUAUCAAAGAAUUCACAGUAUUAAAGACCAUAAGCAUUAAAAAAUAA